CGCCUUCUGGUGUGUGAUGCUGAGAAGAACAUAUAUGGCAGCCAUUACCACAUCAGGGAGCCUGAGUCGAGCACCAUCAAGCUGACAGCGGCAGAGUUUGUGCAGUGCGCGCGGAAAUGGAAGAGCAAGCUCUUGGUCCUGGAGGGCCUGUAUCCCUACCCCGUCCACCAUGGCUAUGACAAGUACUCCAUGGUGAAUCUGGAGGAACCCGACGUGGCCGAGUGGCCCCUGGCCACGCGGCUGAAGGCAGUGAAGGCUGUAUUGCACCCAGGCGAUGCACUAUUCAUCCCAAACUACUGGUGA